AUGUUCCCAAUGCAGAAAGGCUCCCUGAACCUCCUGAGACAGAAAUGGGAAUCCAGCGAAUACCAGAACAGUGAAUGUUGUCCUGGGGGCAGCCGUUGCAAGCUCUUCCAACCACCAGAAAGCAAAUUACUUGAAGGAGAAUUAGUAACAGCCUCUGGACCUCCAGAUCCCCCAAGUAUUCCCUGCAGUUCAGGGGAAAUGUUGAGCUUAGUGCCAGAGAAAAGCCCUGAGGACAAGUGUGAUAACUUGCAGGAAGAUGGCCAGCCGGAAGUGCUGAAGGAGGAUUCCCUGAGUGGUCGUCGCAGAAUCGAGUGCUUCUCCAUUGCCCUUGAUGAGCUGAAGAGUGUGUUCGAGGCUCCUAGGAGUGGAAGCAGAGCACCUGGACCAGCUGAGCAUAACCGAAAGGAAAUGGAAAUUGAUCGAAGUUUGUGUUCACCAACAUUUAAGAGUCACCCCAGGAGCCAGACCAACGUUUCUGUGAAAGAUUCAGACAAGAAAGGUGGAGAAACAUCUUUUGACAAGAUGUCAUCUGAAAAUUACAUCUUCGAAGCAACUGUUCAGCCUAAGAAGCCUGUGAGUGGAUUUGUAGAAGACAGCACUUCACUGAGCAGAGGUGUGUCAGACCUCCAGGAGGUGGUCUCCUUGAAGGAGCGGAUGGCAAAGUACCAGGCAGCCGUCUCCAGGGGUGACUGCCACAGCUUCUCUGCUAAUAUGAUGGAAGAAUCAGAAAUGUGUAUUGUGCCUGGUGGUUUGGCCAGAGUGAAGAAACAAUUUGAGAAGGACGAAAUUGCUUCAUCCUCUAACAGCUUUUCUCAGCACCAGAACAGAUCUGAGCAGGAGGUUGUUGGUGGCAGCCAGGUUGACAUUUCAAGAAGCAGCCAGGAAAUGGAAGGAAAUGAACAAGGAGCUUCCAAAACCCAUGAAAGUGAUGUUCUUGGAACAGAAAUGAUCUCUCAUCUUGAAAAGCAUGCCCUGGAAAUAAACCAACCUCAUUUUCAUCAAUAUGUUCAAGAAACAGUCAUUGAUACACCUGAGGAUGAAGAGAUUCCAAAGGUUUCGACUAAGUUUUUAAAAGAGCAAUUUGAAAAGUCUGCUCAGGAAAAAGUCCUUUAUUCUGACAAAGAGAUGAAAAUCCCACCCAAACAGACUAAGAUUGAAAGUGAGUAUGAAGAGAUGUUAAAGCCGUCUUUGGUUGUGGAUACCUCUUCCACUUCUUGCCAGAGGAAGGAAACCGUUAGUGAUCACAGUAUCACUUCCUCAACUUUAGCACACGUUAAUGCCACUCCUUCAGGAAAAACAGAAGAAUUUCCUCCUCCCCCACCUGAUAUAUGUCAAACUCCAGUAGAUGUGACAGCAUUUUCCCAGUCCCCUGAAUUCUCUUGCCCUCCCCGAAGACCACCAGUCCCCAAAGAAUUAUAUUCCAAGCAAAGAAAUUUGUAUGAAUUAAACCGUUUAUAUAAGCACAUCCAUCCUGAAUUAAGAAAAAAUUUAGAAAAAGAUUACAUCAGUGAAGUUUCUGAGAUUGUUUCUAGUCAAGUGAACCCAGGAAGCUCAAUUUCAGCAGAUGUACAAAGAACCCGGUGUGUGUUUGAAAAUACAAAUGAUAGUUCUCAAAAAGGUCUAAACUCUGAAAGAGAACACUUGGAGUGGGAUGAAAUUCUGAAGGGGGAGGUGCAGUCCAUGAGAUGGAUCUUUGAGAAUCAGCCAUUAGAUUCUAUCAACAGUGGCUCUCCAAAUGAAGGUAACAUCCCUAAAGGCAUUGCAGAUCAAGAAAUCAUUGCUGGGGGUGAUGUGAAAUAUACCACAUGGAUGUUUGAAACCCAACCCAUAGAUACACUGGGAGUCCAUUCUUCUGGCACAGAACAGAAUGCUGAGAAAAUUCCUGAGUUAGCCAGAGGAGAUGUCUGCACUGCCCGAUGGAUGUUUGAAACAAAGUCAUUAGAUUCAAUGAAUAAAAUGCAUCAAAGUCAAGAAGAAUCAGAGGUCACUGUCUUUAAAGACAUAACUGGUGGGGAUGUCAAGACUGUGAGAUAUAUGUUUGAAACGCAACAUCUGGAUCAACUUGGACAGCUUCGUUCAGUAGAUGAGGUUCAUUUACUGCAGCUUAGGUCUGAGCUCAAAGAAAUUAAAGGAAAUGUGAAAAGAAGUAUAAAAUGCUUUGAAACACAGCCAUUAUAUGUUAUUAGAGAUGGUUUGGGUCAAAUGCUAGAAAUUAAAACUGUUCACAGAGAAGAUGUUGAAAAGGGGGAUGUGAGAACAGCACGUUGGAUGUUUGAAACACAGCCAUUGGACACAAUUAACAAAGAUAUCACAGAAAUUAAAGUUGUCCGAGGAAUAUCCAUGGAAGAAAAUGUCAAAGGUGGGGUGAGUAGGGCAAAGUGGCUAUUUGAAACUCAACCUUUAGAGAAAAUUAAAGAACAGUCAGAAGAGGUCAUCACUGAAAAAGAAAUGAUAAUAGGUACAGAUGUUUCCAAAAAGUGUUGGAUGUUUGAAACCCAGCCAUUAGAUGUUUUAAAAGAAGUUCCUGAUGCAGAUCCUGUACCAUCUGCAGAGAUAAUAGGAGGUGAUGUGCAAACUGCUAAACAUUUGUUUGAAACACUUCCACUGGAGGCUUUAAAAGAUAGCCCUGAUGUAGGAAAGCUUCAGAAAAUCACUGCCUCUGAAGAAGAAAAGGGGGAUGUUAGGCAUCAGAAAUGGGUUUUUGAAACACAGCCUCUGGAGGAGAUUAGAGAAGAUAAAAAGGAGUACAUACAAACAGUGAAACUAGAAGAAGUUGACAGAGGAGACGUGAAGACUUAUACUCAUAUUUUUGAAUCAAGCAAUUUAAUUAAAUUUGAUGCAUCACAUAAAAUAGAGGUAGAAGGAGUCACAAAAGGUGCUGUAGAGUUAAAUAAAUCUCUCUUUGAGACAACACCACUGUAUGCCAUUCAAGAUCACCAUGGAAAAUAUCAUCAAGUAAAGACAGUCCAGCAGGAAGAAAUCCUAAGAGGUGAUGUAAGAAGCUGUAGGUGGCUUUUUGAAACAAGGCCCAUUGACCAGUUUGACGAAAGUAUCCAUAAAUUUCAGAUAAUUAGAGGAAUAUCUGCUCAAGAAAUACAGACUGGAAAUGUAAAAUCUGCAAAAUGGUUGUUUGAAACCCAACCUCUCGAUUCAAUUAAAUAUUUUAGUAAUAUGGAAGAAAUAGAAAAUAAAACUGAACAUGCUACAGAUACUGUUAAAGGAGAUGUCAAAACCUGUAGAUGGCUAUUUGAAACACAGCCAAUGGAGUCUCUUUAUGAAAAAGUUUCAUUAAUGACUGGCAGUGAGGAAAUACAUAAAGGAGAUGUCAAAACCUGUACUCGGCUCUUUGAAACUCUGCCACUUGAUAGCAUAAAAGAUGAUGCUGAAGCAACAGUCAAAUCACAAACUGUAAAGCAGGAGGAGGUCCAAGGUGGGGAUGUUCGUACAGCUUGUUUUCUUUUUGAGACAGAAAAUUUGGACAGCAUACAAGGAGAAGAAGGGAAGGUAACCAAGCCUGUGGAAGUAGACAUCCAAGCUGGCGAUGUUUCCAGCAUGCGGUAUAAAUUUGAACAUCAAUCCUUGGAUUCUAUAAGUUCCAGUUCAGAGGAAGUUUUGAAAAAGAUCAAAACUCUAAAAAAUGAAGAUAUUCAGAAAGGCAACGUGUUAAAUUGUAGGUGGCUUUUUGAAACCCAACCAAUUGAUAUGAUUAAAGAAAGCCAAGAAGGUGACAAGUUAGUUAAGACAGUGACGGACAUACAAGGUGGGGAUGUAAGAAAGCGAUGCUUUGUUUUUGAGACUUUUUCUUUAGAUAAGAUCAAAGAAGAAUCUGAUGAUGUCAGCACCAAGAAAACAAUUACUGAAGAAGUAAUAAAGGGUGAUGUGAAAAGCUACAGAAUGCUGUUCGAAACCCAGCCACUUUAUGCAAUUCAAGACCAAGAAGGGUAUUAUCAUGAAGUGACCACAGUUAAAAAGGAAGAGGUAAUUCAUGGGGAUGUACGAGGGACAAGGUGGCUUUUUGAAACAAAGCCGUUAGACUCAAUUAAUGAAUCAAAUAAUGUGUAUGUUAUUAAAUCUGUCACGCAAGAAGACAUUCAGAAAGGGGAUGUUAGUUCUGUCAGAUACAGAUUUGAAACACAGCCACUGGAUAAGAUUUCUGAAGAAUCACAUGAUAUUGUGCCCACUGUUGAUUAUAUUCAAGGUGGUAAUGUAAAGACCAGUAAACAGUUCUUUGAGUCUGAAAAUUUGGAUAAAAACACUUAUUUACGAACAGUAACCAUCAAUGAGAUACAAAAAGGCAACGUUAAAACAUCCACUUGGCUGUUUGAAACCCACACUAUGGAUGAGCUGAGAGGAGCAGGAUCAGAAUAUGAAAAUAUCAAGACAGUCACUCAGGAAGACAUGCAGAAAGGUGAUGUUAAGCAAGCAGUAUGGCUUUUUGAAAAUCAAACUUUGGAUUCUAUUAAAGAAACAGAUGAAAGCAUCACAAAAAUAAUCAAGGAAGAAAUCCCUCCUUCGGAUGUCAAGACAACUACAUGGCUCUUUGAAACAACACCCCUCCAUGAAUUCAAUGAAAAUAGGGUAGAAAAGGUGGAAAUUAUUGGCAAGAGCAUUAAAGAAACCUUAGAAGAACUAUACUCUCAAAAAGUUAUUGAGUCUCCUGGAAUCAUCAUUGAAGCUGAUGAAGUUGGGGAUGUUCGAAUGGCAAAAUUCAAGUUGAUGAAUCAGGCAUCUCCUGAGAUACAGAAAGAAGAAAUUAUCAGGGGUGAUCUCAAAAAUAUAAUGGUGAACCUACUUUCCAAAAGAGAUUGUAUAAAAAGAGAGAUUUUGGUUAGUGAAGAAGAGAAGGGAAAUGUUAAUUUGACCAAAACUCAAUUAUUAAACAGACCAACAGAAUUUCAGGUUGAAAAAGAAGAGAUAGUAAAAGGUGAUGUUCAACAAGCAAUAAAAAAUCUGUUCUCUGAGGAAAGAUCUGUAAAGAAAGGCAUUUUAAUUCAGGAAGAUGAAAGAGGAGAUAUUAACAUGACUAUCUAUUGUCUUCUUCAUGAAAAUGAUGGUGACACAAUUGAGCAUGAAGAAGUAAUAGGGGGUGACGUAAAACGCACUAUUCAUAAUUUGUUGUCUUCCGUGGCAAACAGUAAAAUAUCUGAAAGGGCUAAAAUUGAUGCCUCUGAGAGAGGAAAUGUUCAGUUUUUCACAACAUGCAUAGAAAUUGGAGCUUUGGAUUAUCUCAAACAACUCCAGACAGGGUCAAAUGAAACACUAACAGCUAGGAAACAAGAGGGAGAGGAAGAAAUAAUUGGUGGUGACGUUGAGGGCACAAAACUGUUACUAAAGAAAAGGCAGUCUCAGAUAGAACGUACUGUUAAUGAAAUUGACAUCAUCCCAGGAGAUGUGCAUAAUACAGUUAAGGUUUUUAUGACUGAGCCUCAGAGUACAUCUUGUAAGACACUCAAAGAAGAAAUUAUAAAAGGUAAUUUAAAAUCAACCCUAAAUUCCCUCAGCCAGGCCAUAAAUCAGAAAACAGUGGCUAAAACAGAAGAAAUUAUAAAAAGUGACAUGUUGGACACACUCAAGUCACUUAAAGAAUCAAGCCACAGAUGGAAAGAAGGUAAGAAGCCUGAAGCUGUCCCUGGUAAUAUUGAACAAGCUAUAGAAAGCCUUGAAAAAGCUGCAACCAUUAGGACAGAAAUCCUGAAAAAGGAGCUUAUUCGAGAUGACCUUGAGGCAUCAUUAAGGUCUCUGAAAGAAGCACAAAGAGCUUUCAAAGAAGUAGAUAAAGAAAGUGUAGUCAAAGAAGAUGUGCAAGCUGUAGGGGUAGGAUCCUCAGAAGAGCAGAUAGCAAAGAUGCAUCAGGUAGCUGUCCCCAAGGACAAAAAAAGUGUUCUUCAACCAAGACCAGGACCACUUGAGUCAGCAGCCAGGUGGCAGGGUGGGACAGACACAUUCAGACAAACUACUGAUAAAUCUUGCCAUGGGAAUUUGAUAGAAGAAAGAACUGAAAUUAACCUUCAGAGAGCCCCCAAAGGCACUGUAAAGAUUAUUGCUGAUCGUGAACAAAACAAUGAUGCUCUGGAAAAAAGCCUUAGAAGUCUUUCUAAUUCACACCACAAAGCUAUUGAAAAUGUGUUGGAAUCAGAGGACAGAAUGAGUGUCUGGAAGGAUGAGCUGAGACAACAGCAUCUUAGAGAUGAACAUGUGCACAGACAAUUGACUUCAACUGUGUCAGUUAAGGAGAACCUGAAAACUAAGGAAUCAGAGACAGUGAAAAAGGUGAAGAACGAUGAUGUCUUCAACUCUACCCUGUCUCUUGAUGAAACAGCUGGAAAGCAACAGACUCAAACCUGCAAACUGAGGAAUGACCACCAGAAGACUGAGUCUUCCCACGUAAAGAACCCUAAAAAGACCAAAACCACAAAGGUAUCCACAGAUUCACCCGGCUCCAAGCCCAGUCCUACACAGAGGCCAGUCAACGUGCCAGUUAGGGAAACUUGUGAAGUUAGAGGGGACUUUCAGAAGCAAACUUUGUUAAAGCAAGAAAUGCAGUAUUCUAAUAAGGAUAUAAAGGAAAACAACAUGAAUCUGCACCCAGUGUGGCAGCCUUUGCCUGUCAAUCAAGAUAUAUCAAAUGUAACAGAAGUGAAUGUCUCCGGAAAAAGCCACAAUAAAUUUCAGGCAACCGACAAAAAGCAGAAGACUGAUAUUCAUCUGAAAAGCCAGGACUUUCUAAUGAAGACACAUACUUCAGCAGACUUAAAGAUGGCAUUGGAAAAGUCCUUUAAUCAAUCCAACUAUAACCCUGAAAAUAAUGUGAAAGAAAAUGACUUCCCCCUUCCACCUCCAUCUCCACCUCCUCCUCCACCUUCCAAUGCAUCAUCUGAAAUUGAAUUUCCUCUUCCUCCUCCACCUCCUUCAAUGAUGUUGCCUGAUAAAAAUGAAUUUCUUCCCUCACUGUCCACGGACAACAUAAAGGCUGAAUCUGAAAGCUUUCCAAACCUCCCUCUUCCUCCACCACCAGUAGAUGAGAAAUCUGAGAAGGAAUGCCUUUCAAUGUUUCUACCUUCUCCCCAUCCUCCAACCCCAUCUCAAAAAUCAGCACAUCUUCUUUCCUCCUCUGUUCAAGAAAAGCAGAAUAGAGCAUUCAUUCAACAAUAUUCCCAAGAACAAGCCUCAAGCUCUGAGCAAACUCAUUCUCAGUCCAAAAUCAUAACAGGAAAAUCAAGGAUGCUUUUGUCACCUCUGACAGCCCCCAAAUCCAAAUUUCCCAAGCAGAUGGAAGAUAAAAAUAAUCAUGAUUCUUUAAAAGCUGAAUCAGCAAAUUCCCUGUCAGAUAUGGAAUGUAAAAUUACUGCCUCAAAGGAUCAGAAAAGAGUAGUAAUGAUGACUGGCAGUGAGCACACAGAGACAAAGCCAAACAUAUUUAGAGACAGUGUUGAUGAGAGAAAACAAUCAUCUAUUGAGUCUACAAAGUCUUUCUCACAGACUGUUCCAGAAACUUCACUACGCAAGGAAAAACAGUUAGCACCACUCAUAAAAUCUCAUUCAUUUCCAGUAGGUUCAGGGCAACUAAGUCCAAAACUGUAUAUGAGAAAAUUUAAGACACCUUUAAUGAUUGCUGAAGAAAAAUACAGACAGCAAAGAGAAGAGCUUGAAAAACAGAAACAUGAGAGUUCUUGCCACAUUGUCAAAGCAGAGAGCCAAAAUCAAAAUGUAUUCGAGUUGAAAAAGGAAGUGCUGUUACAAAACACGAAUGAGGAUGUUCACCUACCUAGAAUGGAUUCAGAGAUCAUUGUGGCCCAAUCAAACCCAGAUUCUCAAAGUAAUGCUCAUGUAAUAGAAGUGUGUAGUGAUAACCAGCUCUCUACAUCAGCAGCGUCAGUCACUGCCAAGAGGCUCCAACGUGUUUUAGCUGCCUCAGAAGACAAAGAUAACAUUAAAAAGGAAGUUUUGCAGGGCUCAAAGGACAUUGUACAAUCAAAAUCUUCUUGCAAAAUUAAACAGAGUCACCAAGAAUUUCGUACACAACAAACACAACAGAAGAAGUAUCUGGAGCAGUCACAUUUACCCCAGAACAAGCCAGUUUCUCCAAGUUUCAAAGUUAAAACUAUCAAGCUCCCAAUAUUAGAUCAUAAAUUAAAUGAAACAGACCACAGCUAUGAAAGCCACAAAAAGCAACCUGAAGUUGACAUUCAAACCAGUACCAAACAACGGUAUCAGGAAAGCGAGAAAACUGAAGCAAGACCCAUGUAUCGUAAUAAGCAAACUGUGGCUGAAAAUUAUUAUCAGUUACCUAAGAAAGAGAAAAGAGUGACAAUAAAAAUGCCUACAGAACCUGAAGAGAAAAGCCCUGAAAGGAUACUCAACAUAGUUCAUGAGAAGCAAAGAGAAUUCAGAGAAUAUGAGAAUGGGAAACUUCCAGGAAGUGAAGAAGAAAACCAGGGAGCACCAAGGAUUGGUCUAAAAGAAGAGAGACUAAUAGUUGAAGGAAAACAAGAGAAUUUUAAGAAUAAAUCAACGAAAGUAGUCAAGCAAAAGGUUAUUGAUGCACAUCUUGAUUCACAGGCUCAGAAUUUUCAGCAAACACAUACACAAGCUUCUGAAAAUAAAGUUGAACAAAAAAAAUGGCCCCAGCCAUAUGGUAGUCUGCAGGAAGAAAAGUGUCUCAGAGUCAAGGGCAUACAGCAGAAACAAGUCUUCUCUAAUUCUAAAGAUUCAAAGCUAGAGAUUACACAGAACAAAUCUUUAUUUUCCUCUGUGAAAGAAACCCAGCAGGAUGAUGGAAAAUGUGCUGUAAAUAUAUUGGAAAUCUUGAGAAGACGUGAAGAAGUACAGCAGAUUUUGUCUAGAGUGAAACAGUAUGAAGCAGAACCAAAUCAAAAUGCCCUUAAAACAUUUCAGACUUUGUUAAAUAUUAUUCCAGAAUGGCUAAUAACUGAAGAAAGAAGAGAAUGUGGAGUUCGCAUUGCCAUGGAGAAUAAUUUAGAAAAGAUCAAAGAAGAAAUAAUACAUAUUAAAACUCAAGCAGAGGAUAUGCUUGCAUCCUCUGAGAAUAUAAUUCAAACAGCCAUGACAUCCUCCAAAGCAGAAAAGCUGGGAAAGAAACCUAUUAGUCUUAAUGAAACAUUAUCUAAAGUGUCUAAUGUUAAUGUCAGCAACAAUAAGAACAUUGAAUGGAAAGAAAAUAAAAUUGUAGAAGAAAAAACAGCUCACCAUCAAGUAAAAACUCAUCAUGAAGCAAAAACUGCUCACAGUCAUGUGAAAACCCAUCAAGAAAUUAAACCAGAUGAUAGCAAGAUUUCUUCUCCCAGUUUAAAAACACGACCACCGUCACCUACUUAUAUAACAAUUGAAUCUACUGCCCGACGAACAGAAACCUCUACUAAGGAUGAGCUUUCUCAGUCCGCUAAAAAGGACAGUUCCACUGAACCACCAGCACCAAGACAGUCCAUGUCACAAACAUCUAGAAUUCACAGAGCAAAUACCUCCCCUUCUCCACCUAGGAGUCGCUCUGAACAACUUGUCAAACUCAAAGAUACCACUGCAAAGUUAUCCAGAGGGACCAUCUCAUGUCCAUCAGUAACCCCAGUUCCAGUGGUUGAGAAGAGGUCUGAAAUCAUCACAUCUCCUGCAACACUUCGUCGUCAAAUUAAGAUAGAAGCUCGUGGUAGGGAUUCUCCGCCUACAAUCACAAUACCUGUAAGUGUAAAUCAUUUUGAUAGUGGUUCAUUCAAAGAAUCCAUGGAAGCACAAGAGGAAGUUAGGAAAGUAGAGAAAAGGUCAACUUAUGUUCAUAAAGAUAGAGUAAAUUCUGCUAAACACAUGAUGCCACAUACUGAAAGUUUUGACGCAGUUGAAAUUAUCCACAAGGUGGAAGUGCCUUGCCUGUCAGAGCAUUCACAGAGAUAUGAAGCAGCCAACCGAACUGUUCAAAUGGCUGAAAAUUUCGUAAAUGACCAUGAAAAUGAAAUAAACAGAUGGUUCAGGGAAUUUGAGAGUGGCCCAGUUUUUGAAGCAAAGUCAAAUAGAAGAGUUUAUGCAAAUGGAGAAGCAAACCAUAAUCUGAAGCAAGAAAGCCAUACAUUAUGUGAGGAGGAAUUUGGAUUAACAUCUUUAGAAAACGCUAGUUUUAGAGGCUUUCCUUGCAGACAUCCCAGAGUGCUGCAAGAAAAAAUUCCUUUUAAGCAGCCCACGGUACAUUCUGAAACAAGGUCUCUAAGUGAACAUUUCUCAGGCGUGGAUGCAUUUGAGAGUCAAGUUGUCAGGUCAAACACAGCAGCCUCUUCAUCACGUAGCUCAGAAGCCGGCAAAUCUGGCAUUGACUUCAAACAUGCCCCACCAACCUAUGAAGAUGUCAUCGCUGGCCAUAUUUUAGAUAUUUCUGAUUCACCUAAAGGACUUAGGAGGAAUUUUCAAAAGACCUGGCAAGACAGUGAGGGGGUGUUUAAAAGCCUGGGAUAUGCAACCUCAGAUGCUUCUGCAACAGAGAUGAGAUCCGCCUUCGAAGAGGAAUCUGCAUUUAUAAGGGAAACUGCUGCUCCAAGACAAGGAAAUAUGUUUACUUUGUCAAAAGACAGUUUACCCAAUGGAGUGCCUAGUAGCAGACAAGCAGCAUUUUCAUAA